AUGGCUCCUCCGACUGAUGAUAUGACGACUUCUGCACCUGCAGACCACAGCCACGAAAGGGCCGCUGUUGUUAGCGAUACCCAAGCCCACGAAAGGGGUAAGUGGACCGACGAAAGGAUCCUCACAAAGCUGACUGCACUCACGGAUCGCAUGCAAGCGCUAGAGGCGUCGCAGAUGCAGAUCGACGAGGACGAGCGACUGCGAGGCGCGAUCGACAGUGGCUUUUUUGCGUCAGCGCUGGGACGCGGCUUGGGCGGUACGACUCUACAUCGUGACGCGCCAGGAUAUGAUGCUCCGAGGCAGCCGCGUGGACGUGUUCGCGUGACGCAACCAGGUGACUCGCUAUUCCAGCAGUUCGGUCCACGGUAUGUCGGUCCGCGACAGCCAGCGGGCGCUGCUCGACCACAGGCGCCACGCUAUGCGCCAGUGUCGCCUCCAGAUUUUGAAGAAGUUCAUGCGGCUGUGCCACCAAUGCAGCAGGCACCGACGCAGGAGUUGCCGUUGCGUGUCCCGGACGCACGCCAACGUAAGCUUGCUAUUCGCAAGUUUGAUGGUACAGAACUGUACCAGGGUUUCGGAUCGGGUUUAGCUGACUGGGGUCGCACGUUCUUGCGCCAAGUCACUAUGGCGCAACUGGCCUGCGGAUUUGCAUGGGCUGAAGAUGUCAAGGUCGACUUGCUGGGACACUACCUAAGUGGGACAGCAGAGCGGUACUACCAAAAACAAGUGGACGUUUGGUGGCUCGAAGAAGCCUAUCUCGAUCACGCUUUGGGCCGGUUGCUACACACAUUCAAGACUACAAUCACGGCGUCGCAAAGCAUGAGACUUUUCACUGCAAGGAAAGAUACCAAGAGAUCUUGGCCUGAACACUACCUGUAUAUGGUUGCUGUAUGCGAUGCCUGCGGUGGAGGUGCAGAAGCAAAAGUUCUCGACAACGUUGUCCACUAUGCGUCGGCUGAUCUUACAACAGUUUUGAUGGCCAAGUACAACAAUGACCGACACGAUCAUUUGCGCCAAGCUGAAGAGCUUGCGCAUUUUGCACAGUCUGUUGAGCUCGAGAACAAGACCGGAAGGACGUUGGGACGCGAGAUAGUCGCCGCUGUCACUGAUGAAAGACGUCGCAAGGAGACGCGUUCAUGCUACAAUUGUGGCAAACAAGGUCAUUUGAAGAUUGACUGCAGCGACAAUUUGAACUACGACUGGAUACUCGACAGCGGUGCCAGACGACACCUGGUGAACGACGAUCGCCUGCUGAUCGACGCAGAGAUUUGCAAUGAUGUAGUCUCGCAAGCUGAUAACGAGAAGGUCGGUCUGUCCAAGGUCGGUAGUGUGAGACUCUCCGUGGCUGCCAAUGGACAAGAAAAAACAGACAAACUCACGAACGUCUACUAUUCACCGAGUCUGGCCCGCAACAUCAUCAGCUGUGGCAAGAUUGAUCAAAAGGGAUACAGUCUAAAGUACCCUAAUGGCAAACGAUCAGUAGCUCGACGGAGUGAUGGCCAGGUUGCGUUCGACGUGACGAUGGAGAAUAGUGUGCUAAUCGUCGAGACGGUGAAAAAGAGUGUACGCCAAAAGUAG